GGCCCUAGGAAUCCUAUCGCCACCCACGGCACAACGCCGCGGAGGGCGGAGCUCAGUGUUCUGUUUCCCGAACACUCUGUCGUUCGCCAUGCUGCCGGCUGUCGCCGCCGCAUCCCCUGCACUCUCCCAUCUGCCGCGCUACCAACACCUUCGCCGUCGCUUCCACCUCCGGUGCCACCGCCUCCCUGCUACUCCCGCCAAGGCCUCGUGUGGCGCCCGCCGCCGGCUCCUAGCAGGCGCGUUCGCAGCCGGCGAUGGUCCUUCGGGACAGGAUGUUGAUUACUCUACUGGUACUACGAGUUCUGGAUCUGCAUACCUUGGUCUCUUUGUUCGAUUGCUUGGUUUGGACAAUGACACUCGUGAUAGGGAGCAUGCUGUCUGCACACUUUAUCAAUACUCUCUUGGUGGCCGGAAGAGCAUUGAUGAGAUAAUGCAAUUCCCUGGUUGCAUUGUCAUAAUCAUUAGCCUCCUGAAGUCAGAGUCCACUCGAGCCCGUGAAGCAGCUGCUGGUCUUCUGCGUAACAUAACGUCAGUUCAAAUAUACAGGAAGAUGGCCAUUGAAAGUGGAGCAAUGGAAGAAGUCAUUAGUCUUCUGUGUAAAUCUACAAUAAGCCCCGAGAUGAUGGAGCAGUGUUUGUGUACCAUUUGGAACUUUUCUAUUGAUGAAAACUGGAGAUACAAGAUUCUGAGGAGUGAUGUCCUGACAAAGAUUGUUAGAUACCUAGAUGAAGAAGAUAUAAAAGUCAAAGAAGCUGCUGGUGGUAUCAUAUCAAAUUUAGCUUUGAGUCCCUCUAAUCAUGGAGCUUUGGUAGAAGCAGGAGUGAUUCCAAAAUUGGUUCAUCUUUUGCAAACCAAAGAAGAUGACUAUAAGAUUAUUAGAAAGGAAGCUCGAAGUUCGCUGAUUCUGCUAGCCCAUGAUGAUCAUUACCUCAGCCUUAUAAUAGAGGAGGGUCUUAUUCGGGUUCCUUUGGUUGGCUCAGCUGCAUAUAAAGCUUUUAAACCUCUCCCUCAUUCGUGGCCCACUUUUCCUGAUGGAUCUGAGAUUCAACGGAGUUCUCGCCCCUCAAAAUACGGUGCUACUGAACUGCUCCUUGGCUUGAGUGUCAAUGAGAAGGAUACAAAGCCAGACGAAGCUAAAAUUAAUGCUAUGAUAGGGCGCUCUAAUCAGCAAUUUCUUGCACGUGUUGGAGCUAUUGAGUUGGAUGAUGAAGGAAAUGAGCAAUCUGGAUCUGAAAAGAGUGACCUCUAUACCAUUUUGCCAUGGGUUGAUGGUGUUGCAAGGCUAGUUUUGAUUCUUGGUGGUCUUGAAGAUGUAUCUGCAAUUAAAAAAGCUGCUAGAGCGAUAGGUGAUGCAUCAAUAAAUGAACAUAUGCGCACCUCAUUCAAGGAAGCUGGGGCUGUUAAACCUCUACUUCAGCUGCUGAAACACGGUGAUGUGUCUGUCAGAGAAGCUGCUGCUUAUGCAUUGGAAAAAUUAAGUGUCAGUGCCACCAUAUGUCAGAAAAUCAAAGCAGAUGGUGGACUUGAACUGCUUGUAAAUACAGUGAAGGAUCCAAAUACCCCAGUGAAACAACUAGAGAAGAUGAUUUGUGUACUUUCUCGAAUGUUUGACAUGGGGAUUAACAUGGUUGCUGCGCCGGAGAGCUAUGCUCAUGAGGAUGUAACCAGUGCUGAGAGGAGUAUUCAAGGUGAUACAGCUACAGGAAACAGUGUCAUUUCCCAUACAUUUGUAAACCAAGAGAUGGCCAGUGAGAUGAUCUUGGAUUUUGAUGCUAUUUUACGCUUGACCAAAGUUCUGAAGGAAGGAUCCCCAAGUCUGCAAGCAAAAGUCUGAUGUGUACUGGAGCAUUUAGCAGCUUUGGAGCAACAUGCCCCUGCAAUGACUGCUACUAGCACCGGUUCCGUAAUCGAAGCUAUUCUGGAAAUCGGGGUUAUUCAUGGUACCAGAGCUGAUUCUGAAGACUUUGAUAACCUUCCUAGUGUAGUCACUGAAGAAGUCAGUCAGGCUGUGUCUGCAGCUGUGACGUUACUGACAAAGUUAUUGAACUUUGAUAUUUUCACCCGCAG